UGCUGAGGGCGUCAGAGGAGGGUUACAGUAAGCAGUGACACACUUUGUCAGGGUCAUUUGUACUCUGGGCAUGAAGGGCGUCUGUAGGAUCAGCCUCUACCCUGUGGCAUGCAGCCCUCGGUUAAGGAAUGGUGCCCCAUAACAUAGAAGCUCUGUGACUGAAUCCGAAGACAUCAGCCUGUUUGUGGGAUCUUUCAUUUCUUUUUUUUUUUCUGGUGAAGGCUUUUAUCAGCAUGCACUUACUCAGGACUUUGCUGCUGAGAUCAAACACAUCUAAUAUAUCCCUUCUUACCAAGUGCGCCUUUCGGGCAUGUCCAUUACAGAAGUGGCCUGUUUCACUCAGGUCUGGAUGUCAAGUCUCAGUUCUGCCGACACAACAAAAGAAAUGGCUUCAUUCACAGCCCAAACAACAAGACUCUUCAACAAAAACUCCGGUUCACGAUCUUCCAUCAGGGAGUCAGCAUCAAAGUGAGGAAAGUUCCCCCUCUGCAAAAAGCUCCAUUUCUACAGACACAUCCAUUGUCGCUGAAACAGAUCCGUUGCAAGACCAAUCAAUUGGUCUUUUAAAGAGGUUUAAAAAAACUUUCAAACAACACGGGAAGGUUCUAAUUCCAGUUCAUCUGGUGACUUCUAGCUUCUGGUUUGGGUCUUUUUACUAUGCAGCCAUGAAGGGAGUUAAUGUGGUUCCUUUUCUGGAAUUUAUCGGCUUGCCAGAUGUAAUAGUUAACAUUCUGAAGAAUUCUCAGGGUGGAAACGCUCUCACAGCUUAUGCAAUGUAUAAGAUUGCCACUCCUGCCAGAUAUACUGUAACCCUUGGUGGAACGUCCUUAAGUGUUAAAUAUCUUCGCAAGUAUGGCUACUUGUCCACUCCUCCACUGGUGAAGGAUUAUUUUCAAGACAGAAUGGAGGAGACUAAAGAACUCUUCACAGAGAAAAUGGAGGAAACCAGGGACAUAAUUAGUGGAAAAAUGGAAGAGACGAAAGACAGGAUAUCUGAGAAAUUGCAAGAAACCAAAGACAGAGUUGCUUUUAGAAAGAAAAAGAAUGAAGAAAUGUAAUGAUUCCAACCAUUUGUUCAGUUUCAAGCUUGUAUUAAUAACCCCUAUAGAAAAUGUGUUUUCACUUGCUCAGAAACCAGGGCGCUACAGAUAGCAUGGCGUAUUUAUAAAUAGGUACUACUGACCCAUGCCAUGGCACCUUUAUAAAUAUGUCUUUAGGUGGAGCUUUGUAAAACUAUAUAGAGCUCAGCAGAUCUGAAGACAAGAAGCACACCCAAACCACUUGCAUAGCUUACCGUGUAAUGAUGUAAAAGUCUAAAUAUAUAGAUGUCCAUGCAUUUUAUGUGUAUCUGUAACUGUUACACCGGUUUCCUUGCUGCCUACUCUAGUAUUCUACAACUCUCUCAGAAGGGAGGCGGACAUUCUCCACUCAAGGCCUUAUAUAACUUGUUGGCAUUCUGUGUGCUAAAAAGUCUUUAUUUACACAAAUGUUUUCUUUUGUGCGUGUGUUUUUGUUUCCACAUGCAGAUUUUAUUGAUUCCAAAUGUACUACUGGGUUCUUUUCUCCUGCAGCAUUCUGCACUUGCAGGCAUCGUAUUCCCAUAAAUAUUUUUAUGAAUGAGUUCAAUGGCAGAAGUCCAUGAUGAUGUGACAUCUGUUUACAUGAAUUCACUAAUGUGCCAUAAUGAACAACAUUACGUGGCCUAAGCAUAGCAACAUACUGUAAGUUAUGUGUAUUUGAAUGACCAAAUUGGUCCAAAUACAGGUAUGAGAUCUAUUAUCUGGAAUGCUUGGGACUUGUGGGUUUUCAAAUCUUUCCAUAAUGUAAAGCACCAUGUCUUAAAAUCGACUAAAAAAAAUUUAUAGAUAAAAAAAGAGAUAAUUACUUUGGCAUGAUUAUGAUUUUUUUUAUGUACUUUAAUGUAAUCAUAGUUUUAUUAGAGAAAAAGGAGUAAAAAAAUGAUUUGUUUAAAUAGGGAAGUGGCAUUGCCAUAAUUGAAAAUAUUUCUGUAUUAUUCAUCCUGUUCAUGUAGGUUUGGUAAAGUGUACAAAGGAACAUCAAUGUCACAUAAAGAGAGCUUCUAAUUAA